AUGGCGAUAUAUCUCUUCAAACUUGUCCGGAGAAAGCUUAGGGAACGCGAAGCCAAAAAGGCCAUCCCAACUACAGAUGACUCCCACCUAGUACCUGAGCCUGCCUCAGGACAAGAGCUUCAAGAUUACCCGAAUAGACAUAGCCAUGGACUAUCUCAAGACUCAACAGGAAGCCACAUCAAUUUCCUUACACCUGAAGAGGCAGCACAGCAAAAGAUAGAAGCUCGCCGAAGAAGGACGCGGCAGUUGAAGUUGAUGCUAGGACUUGUGUUACCCAACUUCCUGGCUGCGAUGGACGUGACUAUCGUUGCUCCGGCUAUUCCACUUAUAUCAUCUCACUUCGACCAGCUGUCCGGAAGCUUCAACUGGAUUGUAGCAGCUUACACACUCACAUUCACCACAUUUAUUCCUGCAUCAGGCCAACUAGCUGAUAUCUACGGUCGCCACUUCGCGCUUCAGUUCGAGAUGUUUUGGAUCAUGAUAGGGAGUGUGAUCUGUGCUACCGCCCAGUCUUGGAGCAUGUUGCUUGCAGGCCGUGCGUUGCAAGGCUUAGGCGCUGCUGGCAUUGUGAGUUUGAGUCGUAUCAUUGUGUCUGACGGAUCAACACUGGCGGAGAAUUCGAGAAGUACCUCAGUCCUAUCAUUGAUCAUGGGAUGCAGUUAUGCUGUCGGCCCAGUCAUCGGUGGCUACCUUGCAGAUGCGAGUUGGCGAUACAUAUUCGUCCUCCCAAUCGGCGUCGCAGUGAUUGCCAUGGUCAUCAUCUUCUUCGUCAUGCGCAAGGAGCUCGCUCAAGGACGUGCCACAACCGCACCAGGCGAAUCGCGCCGUUUGGGCUAUAUCUCCGGUCUCGCCAUCAUCGACUGGCCCGGCCUAAUCAUGUUCAUCUUUGGAGUAGGCUGCGUAAUCCUCGCCAUACAAUGGGGCGGAACACAGUAUUCCUGGAGCUCGGUCCCGGUCAUUGUCUCUCUCAUCGUCGGCAUUGUCCUGUGCAUUGCUUUCUUCAUCUACGAGUACUUCCUAGGCCCUGGCCGGGCCAUGGCCAGAUUCUUUCCUCGUCAAGUUCCCAUGAUUCCCUCCACACUCUUCCGCAAGAAGGACACAACGCUGCUUAUGAUCAUCAACUUCUCUGCUGGUAUCUCCAUGGUCUCCGCUUUCUACUUCCUGUCCUACUACUGGCAGCUUGCCGAGGGGUACUCAUCCAGUCAAGCCGGUGUACAGCUCCUCUACUAUACACCUGGCCUAGGUGUAGGUGUCUACGUUGCAGCCAUGCUAUGUAACCGUUGGCCAAGACAAACAUUCUCUCCUUUGCUCAUCGGUUCCAUUGUUGAAGGGGCCGGUCUCGCACUCCUCACCUACUCGAUAUCCAUCCGCCACAUCACACUGGUGAAAGUGUUCCUCGCUGUAUCAGGCGCAGGAACAGGAUUACGCUUCAUGCCCAUUGCCCUUCACGCAGCAGGUAUCUGGUCAACGCGUAUUCCCAGCAUGCAAUCGCUGCUUUCCUUCAUGGUGCCUCUGGGGGAGACAGUUGGUAUUGCAAUGAUGGGAUCGGUCUUUUCAAACAAGCUUUCCACUUUUCUGACGAGAAUCAACCCUGGGAACGGUAUCUCGUUACCUGCCACUGGCCCACCGAGCCUCGAGCUCUUGAACAGUCUUCCUGCAGCAGUCAAGACAGAAGUACAGAAUGCGGCUGCCAAGGCAGUGAUGUGGUCUUUGAUCUCCGUGUUGCCUUUUGUUGCCGCAGCCAUUGUUGCGUCCUGCUUUCUGGGCAAUGUGUGGAUCGGAAAAUCGGCAACGAAGGGCAAAGAAGGAGAACCGGCACGCCCAGCGGAGAUGGGCAAAGUCUUAUGA